CUGCAUCUUUGCUGUCGUUUUUUGAGGCGGGUGCUGCUGAGUUGUAUCUGAGCUAAUAGUUCAGGGAUUGGCUUGGCUAGUAAGGGCAUAGGAGGAAGUUAAUGAAGGAGCUUUGUUUGGAUGAUUUCCAACCCUUGGGGGGAAACCCAGUGCUGAAAGUUCUGCAGCCAAGUUCCUGUUUCUCUGAUUGGAGACUCACUCGGAGCCAGCAGUGGUGCUGGAACCAGGUCCCAGGCAAGAAGCAGAGAAAGACCCCAGAGCCCGAGCUGUCAAGGGACAGAGAGCCAGAUCAAUCCUCCAGGAAGUGCACCCACAAGAUGGACAGGCCACACAGAACCCAUGGCUGGAAGGUCUCCUGGAAGAUGCUGCCCUUAGCAGCCUCCGUCCUGAGUUCCUGCUUCCUGUUGACUCGAGCCCAGGAGACAACUGGAAUAAGUAUCAGAGUUGUUCCAGAAGCGCUGAAAGAAGGAGAUAGUGUCACCUUAACACCAGAAGAUUUUGAUCUGAAGAAGAUUGUCAGCUGCAAAUGGUACAGAGGGGCAGCUGAAGCAGGAAACAUUAUUGUUACAUCUUUCCUGUUUCAUAGUGAUCAGACCGAGGGAACUGCCUACACUGGCAGGGAAACUGUGAAGCCAGAUUGCUCCCUUUACAUCACAGAUUUAAAGCCAGAUGACUCUGGAAUCUAUUCAUUUAAACCAGAAGGUCCUGGGGUUACCAACACAGGGGCUACAAACAUCACCGUUUCAGAAGUCCUCUCCAACCCAGUCCUGUGGCCGACAGAAUCCCUAGUGUCAGAGAACACAACUGUCACCUUACACUGUAACACCUCUGACCGCCUUGACGUCUCCAUCCUUUGGUUCAAGGAUGGUAAUCCUGUCCCACCUAAGACUGGGAUUUCUGAGCAGAACCGAACCCUCAUGCUAACUGGCAUCACCAAAGAAGACGAAGGGAUCUAUACGUGUCAGGCAGUCAACCCUGUCAGUAAUGCUACAAGCAACCCCAGUAAGAUAACUAUAGCGUAUUCUUCAGAUGGUUCUUCUUCUUCCUCUUCUGGUUCUGCUGGAGCCCUCGCUGGGACUGUUAUCGGGUCCCUGGCUGUGAUAUUGGUGCUAGUGGGAACACUGACUUACGUCUUUCUCCGUGUCUGCCGUCGAAAUGGCAAAACUUCCACCCAGGUUGUAUCCACCCCUCAAAUAUAUGAGAACGUUCUUCCACCUGGACAGGUUCACCCUGAAAAUUCCUCCAGCGCUGCCAACACAUAUGAGACUUUGCAGCCCAGGAUCCCUUCUGUCUACGAAGAGAUAAAGAGAUAAGACAUGGACCCAGCAACUCCCUCUCCGCUGCUGAGGCCUCUCCCGGGCCCUCAAGCCUCUUUCCUGAUCUGAUCUCUUCCUUUCAGAUGGUGAUGACUAAAUGCAGGGCAGGUCCUUCUGGAAAUCCUAGUCCUUGUUCUGAACAAAGGAAGCAGCCUUGGUCCCCAAGGGACUCUCACACUGGGAGAGACUUGCGGAUACUGAGACAGAGACGCAAAGGAAACUCCUCCUGGAACGGCCAGGCAGAAAUCCUGGGAAUUGCAUCUUGUGUGACUAAAGGAUUAAUGCUGAGGGGGAAGAAAGAAAAGGGAACUUCCUCAUGAAAAUUCGCCUGCUUUUUAAUGCAA